CCGGGCCGAGCCGAGCGGCCCCCGCUGCCGGCAUGGUGCAGCAGGAGCCUGCCGGGGCGCUGGGGCUGGUGGUGGCGGGGGAGGCCGCUGCUGCCGCUGCCACCGCCGAGGUGCGGCUGUCCCGGCGUCGCUGGGCCGUGGUGCUGCUCUUCAGCAGCUACUCCCUGUGCAACGCCUUCCAGUGGAUCCAGUAUGGCAGCAUCAACAACGUCUUCGUGCGCUUCUACGGCGUGAGCGCCUUCGCCAUCGACUGGCUCUCCAUGAGCUACAUGGUCACCUACAUCCCUCUGCUCUUCCCCGUCGCCUGGCUGCUGGACAAGAGGGGCCUGCGCCUCAUCGCCCUGGCCGGCUCGGUCCUCAACGCCCUGGGCGCCUGGGUGAAGCUGGGCAGCCUGAAGCCGCACCUCUUCCCCAUCACCGUCCUGGGGCAGGUCAUCUGCUCCCUGGCCCAGGUCUUCAUCCUGGGCAUGCCCUCGCGCAUCGCCUCUGUCUGGUUUGGCCCCCGCGAGGUCUCCACUGCCUGCUCCAUUGCUGUCUUUGGGAACCAGCUCGGCAUUGCUGUGGGCUUUCUGGUCCCUCCAGUUCUGGUUCCCAAUGUGGAGGAUGUGGAGAAGCUGGCCUACCAUAUCAGCAUCAUGUUCUUUGCAACUGCAGGCGUGGCAACAGCCCUAUUCAUCCUGGUUGUCAUAGUCUUUAAGGAGAAGCCCACAUACCCUCCGAGCCGAGCUCAGGCCUUGAUCCGGUCAAGACCAACAGAGGAGUAUUCCUACGUGCAAUCAAUCCUCUGUCUGCUCCGCAAUGGCAACUUUUUGCUGCUUAUGGUCACUUACGGUCUGAAUACAGGUUGCUUCUACGCCCUGUCCACUCUGCUGAACCGCAUGGUGAUCCGUCACUACCCAGGGGAGGAGGUGAAUGCUGGCAGGAUUGGACUCACCAUUAUACUGUCGGGGAUGGUUGGGGCUCUGAUCUCCGGCAUCUGGUUGGACAGAACCAAAACCUACAAACAGACAACACUAGUCGUCUAUAUCAUGUCUCUGGUGGGAAUGAUAGCCUAUACCUUCACUCUGAGCCUAGGCCACCUCUGGGUGGUCUUUGUGACUGCAGGCAUGCUGGGGUUUUUCAUGACAGGAUACCUUCCCCUGGGCUUUGAGUUUGCUGCAGAGUUGACAUACCCAGAAUCAGAAGGAACAUCAUCAGGGCUCCUUAAUGUCUCAGCACAGAUUUUUGGUAUUGCCUUCACCAUCAGCCAAGGGCAAAUCAUGGAUCGCUUUGGGACAAAGGCAGGAAACCUCUUUCUUUGUUCCUUCCUGUUCCUGGGGACUGUUAUGACAGCAUUUGUUAAGGCUGAUCUCCGAAGACAGCAGGCCAAUUUGGAUAAUGAACAGACAAGACUCCAAGGCAGCAAUCAGAUCACGGAUUACGGGACUGUACCUUGUAAUCCUAACCCCAUCAAUUCCCAUUCCUGCUCACUAGCUCAUACACAAAGAAAGCAAUGCCAGAAGCCUGCACCGAUCCCAUAGUUGAGGAAUCAAAGCUGUGAAAUGCAGGGCUGGCAGAGCUGGGAGAUGCAGCCCCCCUCAUUCCCAUCUUUGCUACCUAUACCGUCCUCCUGUAACAUGCACACCAUGGCAGGGGGGGCAGCCUCAGGACAGGAGCCCAGUGAACUGCUUGUGGAGAGUGUGAAACAGCAAAACAAGGAGUUGCUCUCUUCAGUUGUACCUCUGCAUCUUGCUGUUUUGGAGACUUUGCUGCUUGGGAGGAAAAGUUGGGAAAACCCACUGCUUCCCCUCCAUCCCACCAUGUAUGCUUGGAAAAGAAAAAGCACACGUGCUGGGAAAAGCCAUAGUUCCAGGCUAGCCCUGAGCACAUGAGGGUGGCACCCUGCAUGUGGCUGUGUCUUCUCUUACAGACAAGGUGUGACAUGAAAUGCAGAAGCUGGACCACACUUACUCUGUGAGCAGCCCUGGAAGAGCUUUCAGGUGGCCCUCAGCCUGUGAUGCUCUGUGUUGUACAGGUGAUGGUAGGGGCCCCAGCAUAUCACCAGCAAAUGCAAAGCAGUGCAUCUGUCACUGCCAGCUCUGGUUUUAUUAUGUGGCUGUCCCAGAUGAAGCACUCAGUCUGUGGAUAAACCUCUGCUCAAAAUUCACUGAAGUUGCCCUGAUGUUCCUAUAUACUAGGAGUAAUUGAGAGAUACCAAUAUGCCUCCUUCUACCUGGAGGCAAGGACUAGUUCUGCAGCUUAUGUUGAAGCUACAGCCUAAGCCCAGCUCAUCACUACACUAGCAACAGGAAUCAAACCACAAGCUCCUUGGGCUGAGGACUGUGUCUUCCUCCUUAAUGAUUAUAAAGUGCCUUUUGCAUGUUUCAACACUACAAAUUUUUUUUUUUGUGAAGUGUUAUAUUAAGAUAACCAGCCAAGGCUGUGUUGUUCUUCACAGCCACAGAGAGGGGCUUGAGUAUGAUGGGAAUCCAGAUUUGCUCCAGUGUGGAAGCUUCCCACUUUAUAAUAGAGAAAAGGAGAAGAAUCCCUCUUACCAGCAUUUGUGUCUUAUAGACAUUGCUCCUCUGUAUGCUGCUGUUUAUCUUCUAAAUGCAAAUGUAGAUCCUUAUAUCCCUUCUCCUUC